AUGGCCCACAAGAAACACUGCAACAAGGGUCUCCGCAACAGACGGCCGGAAGAGGGCGUGGCAUUCGAAGACGCCCUUCCACCCAGCCUCCUCCGAUGCAGCACGCAGACCGUGGGCGCCAAGCACAGGCAGCGGUUACUUGCUCACCUCCACUACAGUCACAACCUGCAUGCACGUCAGGGCUCCAGAGACGACCCUUUUCGGCUAAAAAUCGAUGGCCCACAAGAAACAUUGCAACAAGGGUCUCCACAUCGGACGGCUGGAAGAGGGCGUGGCAUUCGAAGAGGCCCUUCCACCCAGCGUCCUCCGAUGCAGCCCGCAGUCCGUGGGCGCCAAGCACAGGCAGCGGGUACUUGCUCACCUCCGGUACAGUCACAACCUGCAACGUCAGCGCUCCAGAGGUACGGAACGGAAUCGAGCUUUCACCGCGGGAACGCGCCACCAGCAGGACCCUACUCGGGAUUCGAGAACAGGUGGCCUCCUGCUGCACCAUCGGGAACCGCCGCCAGCAACUACUCAAGUUCAAGCGGGUCAUCUCGCAGCGGCCCCCGUCGUGCUUCGUGGAACUCGAGUAACGAAAGCAGAGUUGUCGAACGCAAUCGUCCAGGCAUCAGUCAAGAACCUUCGCAAGGCCAAUCUCUCAUGCGGCGAGAAGGUGCCAGUUCAUCCCUCGACCAAGGAUCCCCAAGCGCUACCUCUGCCACUGACCGUUCAAGCUCCACAACCCCGACUCUCCUUGUCGAAGCGAAUCACUUCAAAUUGGACCUAAACAAGAAGCUUGUCGUUUACCAUUACGAAGUUACCAUUUGGUGGGGCGCAGAGGAUCCGCCAUCGGAAACCGAUGCCAAGCAGCGCCUUGCCUCUCGUGACAAGAGACGCAUAUUGGCAGAGUUCGCCAGCAGCACGUUGGAUAUGAAUAACCCAAUUUUCGACGGACAGAAAUCCUUGUACUCGAUUAAGCCCCUGGAACUCGAAGGAGAAACUAAAAUCGUCAGUGUUCGCAGAGAAAUCUGUGAGAUAAGAGACGAAUUUUACGUCCGAAUCCGGCAGGUGGAUAUGCUGCGCUACGAUUCUCAGCACUACAGCAGAAAGCAGGCUCAAGCGCUCGACAUAGCAAUACGCUGCGCCCUCUCGCAAGACCGCGAUUGCCUCGGCCGGCUCCUGCUGAGAAAAGCACCCAAGGAGCCUGCCCCUCAAAAGCAACUAACCACGCCCCAAUAUCGCGCGCCCGCCGUUCGAGGUCGUUACAACCCACAGAGAGGGGACCCUCCGGCAAAAGCAGACGACGCUGAAAAGCCCGGCGAAGCAGCUUACAGCGGUAUUCUGACCAGCGUCCGCUCGGGACAGUAUGAAAUGUUCCUAAACGCGGACACGAUACUGACUUCUUUCUACGAAGAUGGCCCGCUUCUAAAUUACGUCGAAGCUCUGCUGGGACGUCAGCUUGGGGAACAUCCGCAACUUGAGGAAGCUGAAAUCAAAGACCUGAACACAAGACUGCAUGGCUUCAAAGUGUGCGUGAAGCAUCUCCGGUAUACCCGCUCUCGGAAAAUAAAACAAAUCACAAAGAAAGGCGCGGACGAAAUCGCGGUUACCGAAGCUCAGACAGUAGCGAAAUACUUCGAAGAGACGUACAAAAAGCUUGACCAUCCCAGUCUACCCUGCGUGGAAGUCGAAAGCAAGAAAGGCAAGUGUUACUAUCCUCUUGAGAUGUGCUUCAUCCCAUUAGGACAGCGGGGCGAACAGAGUCAGUCCGGCAAACCGUUGACGCCGUCCGAGAGGUUUGCGCGCGCCAAAGGAGUAGCGCGAGAACUGGCAGUGCGGCGAGAGGACAUUCUAGGCGAAUUUUUCACCAGUAUCUCAACAUCUCCCGUCGAGUGCAGAGCAAAGGUGUUUCCUAAAGUUAAUGUGGAUGAUUUGAAGUCUCCUAUGGGAGUGGUGCCAUGGACGAUCUUGAACGUGAACAAGUUCAACACUGUAUCUGACGUCGCUAAAUUGAAGAAGAAUCUCAUCGCCCAAGGAAUCAGACAGGGCAUUAUACUGGAUGUAAAGGCCAAGAUUGCUAAUCGCAACAAUCCGGACUUGGUGGACAUCCUCGAGGAGCUGAAAGCGGUGGAAUUCUUGGUUAUCAUUCUUGACAGCAAAAAAUCUGUCUACUACAACAAGCUCAAAAACGAUGCCGAAACUAAACUUGGGCUGAUCACUCAGUGUGUCGCUGUAGAUAAGAGCAAAUAUAGUGACGGUUCGAUCGGUGGCAAUUUAAUACGUAAGAUAAAAGCAAAGCUUGGAUUCGUUGACAAAGCUAUGCCACGGACAAUCGACGGAUUUAAUUGCGAGGAUGCCCUGGUCAUGGGCGCUGACGUCAGUCACCACGGCCCGAAUGACCAGAGUCCAUCCGUGGCGGCCGUCGUCGCCAGCAUUGAUGGCCGCGCUUCUCGCUAUGUCGCUGUAAUUCGCCCCCAGGCGAAGACCGACGGCAAUACACGCGAAGAAACCAUUUCCAACAUUGAGAGCAUGGCCAAAGAACUUUUUCAUCACUACAAGAAAAAAAAUCUGCGAAAAAUUCCGAAAGACAUUCUUUUCUAUCGUGACGGCGUGAGCGAGGGAGAAAUCGCUGAAGUUUGUGAAAAAGAGCACAAAUACUUGCAAAGCGCUUUCGCAGAAGUGUUCGGAUGUAACCCACGAAUAACGUUUGUGACUGUUCAGAAGCGGCACAGAACCCGCUUCUGUCGCAAAAAUGAGACCAACGUACCUCCAGGGACGGUCGUCGAUAGGACAAUCACGCAACAUGCGAAGCGCGGGUUUUUCAUGUGCUCUCACACUCCCAUAAGAGGCACAGCUCGGCCCGCCCACUACCGCGUUAUCUACGACGACAACGGCUUCGAACCGGAAACACUACAGAAGAUCACGUUCAGCCUGUGUCAUAUGUACGCACGCUGCGUUCCGGCGGUGUCUAUCCCAGCGCCCGUCUAUUACGCGCACCUUGCCGCAGCUCGUGCAAGCUGCUACAUGAAGGCCACUGAACAAGUCGAUACAAAUCCCAUCAAUGUCGUGGGAAACUGUAGAGACAAGAUGUUUUUCAUCUAAGACAAGGCUGUUUGCUUGUGCUCGACGACCG